ACAUUUUUGUUUGUUUAACUUGCUUUCACAAGGUGAGAAAAAUAAAAAAUAAUUAAGAAUGGAUGGCCUUUCAUCGUACAUAUCUGAUGAAGAGGAGCCUGCAAAUUGCAAAGUUGGUUCUCCAAAAGCUGAAAGCAAUAAAUUAGAAAAUGAUUCAAAUCAAAUUUCGAUUGAAAAUUUGAAAACAAAAUACCAAUUGAAUAUCGUACCUCCGGUUAUUGAUCGAAAGUUUGAGUAUGAUGAAAAAAGAUACUUAGUUGACUCGUCAACAAAAGAACUUAAACUUAAUAUAAAGUAUGAUGAUCUUUUUAAACCUGAGAUUGGUCCUGUUCAUCCAUACAAAACACAACAACAGUUAGCUAAAAGAAACACAUUAGCUGGUUUUGUAGAAAAAGCUAAUGUAAGUGAUUUUCAGUUUGACAACCAGCAUAAGACUUUUAUUAGUUAUGGAUAUGCAUUGGAUCCAAGCACUGAAGGGGAAACUUAUGUUGGAGCAAUUACAAAAAUGGUUGAAAAUGGAGGAAAGACUGUAUUUGAAUCAACCAAAAAGCGUCUUGGUGAUAAAAGAAAAAGAUUAAGUCCAGGGAAUCCAGAAGAUAUUGAUGGAUAUAAAGGUCCAUGGGCUCCAUUUGUUGAUCAAAAGGUUUCAUCCAAACCAAAUGAGGAACAACAAACAAUUCUUACUGAAUAUGAAGAAAAGAAAGAGAAGAAAAGCAAAAAAGACGAUGAGAAAAUCGAAGAGAAAUCUCGAGCACAUAUUGAUGACUUGUAUGAUUACCAAGGUCGAUCUUUCUUACAUAUUCCCGUUGAUGUGGAUGUUGAUUUAAAGAAAGAUGAACCACCAGAAAAGUGUUUUCUUCCAAAAAAACUUAUUCAUACAUGGUCAGGUCAUUCAAAAGGGGUUACUGCAAUCCGUCUUUUUCCUAAAUCUGGACACUUGCUUUUGUCUUCGAGUAUGGAUUGUAAGAUUAAGAUUUGGGAAGUAUAUAAUAAACGAAGAAAUAUCCGCACUUAUAUAGGUCAUACAAAAUCAGUACGUGAUAUUUGCUUCAAUAAUGAUGGUACAAAGUUUAUAAGUUGUGGUUAUGACAGAUGGAUUAAGUUAUGGGAUACUGAGACAGGGGAGUGCUUAGGUCGUUAUUCUAAUAAAAAAAUACCAUACUGUAUAAAGUUUAAUCCUGAUGAGGACAAGCAACAUCUAUUCAUAGCUGGUAUGUCAGACAACAAAAUGAUUACUUGGGACACAAGAGAAAAUGAAAUUGUUCAAGAAUAUGACAGACAUCUUGGUUCAGUCAAUACAAUUACCUUUGUGGACAAAAAUCAGAGAAUUGUAACUACAUCUGAUGAUAAAAGCUUGCGCAUAUGGGAGUGGGAUAUACCUGUUGAUGCAAAGCUUAUUCAAGAACCAUCAAUGCAUUCAAUGCCUGCUGCUACUUUAUCACCAAACGGAAAAUGGCUUGCCACUCAGUCAAUGGAUAAUCAAAUUUUAAUAUAUAGUGUACUUGGUCGCUUUCGACAAAACCGUAAAAAAAUUUUUAAAGGUCAUAUGAAUGCUGGAUAUGCUUGUCAAGUCAACUUUUCCCCAGACAUGAGUUAUCUUGUUUCUGGUGAUGCUGAUGGAAAACUUAAUAUAUGGGACUGGAAGACAACUAAAUUAUACUCCAAAUUUAAAGCGCAUGACCAAGUGUGCAUAGGUUGCGAAUGGCUCCCUCACGAAACGUCGAAAAUAGCUACUUGCGGUUGGGAUGGCUUGAUAAAACUAUGGGAUUAGAACUAUAGAAGAAUUAUGAUUUAACUUGUUAUAUUUCUUUAUUAAGUUAAUAUAAAUACAUUAAUAAGAUAUGAAUGAAGAUAAAAAGACCAUGAAACAACAAUUAUUUGGAUAGUCAGCGUUAUUUGAAUUCUUCGGUACUCCUGCACAUUGUAAUAUUUGUUUAAAUUCGUCGGUAAUUCAUCGCUUUGUAACAUUUAACUUAUUUAAAUAAAUACUUUAUGCAA